AUGAGGAGCGCACUAGUGGUAUGGCUGUCUCUUGUCGUCAUGGCUGCGGCCGCCGCCGCCGUCGACGAUAAACGGGAGCCGAGGCCGGUGAUCACUCCAAAGCCAAAGCCACAGCCACAGCCCGAUCCAACACCAGAGCCCACUAAACCAAAGCCCAUGCCGCAGCCGCAGCCACAGCCCGAUCCAACACCAGAGCCCACUAAACCAAAGCCCAUGCCGCAGCCACAGCCACAGCCACAGCCCGAUCCAACACCAGAGCCCACUAAACCAAAGCCCAUGCCGCAGCCACAGCCACAGCCGAAGCCGGAGCCUCAGCCGGGCCCGGGCAAACCCAAGCCGAAGCCGCCAGCGGACUUGCCGGGCACGCCCGGUCCUUGA